AUGUGCCCAAUGAUCACGGAACCAGGAGAGGAGGAGAAGAAUGGGAGAAUAUUUCCAGCAAUUUCGUAUAGAUCAGUAUCACCCCGAGUAAACACUGAUGGGAACUGCGUGAGAAAAACUCGAUUACUAGUUACUGUGGUCAACGGAAAGACUAGCUUGAUAGACUCUCAAGUGAAUUUACUCGUGAAUAUUGAAACAACAAGGGGAGUGGAUGCGGAUAACAACAAACAAACACAAACAUAA